GCUGGGCAGGGUCGACCGCCGGCCACGUGCAACCGCCCCGCCCGCCAGCCGCUCAAAUAUGGGUUCCUGCGGGCCGGUGGGCUCGGUGCGUGCGCGCUACCUUGUGUUCUUCCAGUACUUGGGCACUGACUUCAACGGAGUUGCGGCCGUGAGGGGUAAUCAUCGCGCUGUUGGGGUACUGAACUUCCUGGAGGAGGCUGCCAAGCGGCUGAAGUCUGUCAAGCCUGUCAGGUUCACUAUCUCUAGCCGCACUGAUGCCGGAGUGCAUGCCCUGAGCAACGCAGCGCACCUGGACAUACAGCGUCGCCCAGGCCAGACACCUUUCUCCCCGGAGAUCGUGACUAAGGCCCUCAACACCCACCUGAAGCACCCGGCCAUUCGUGUACUGAAGGCCUUCCGAGUGCCCAACGACUUCCACGCUCGCCACGCAGCUACCUCCAGAACCUACCUAUACCGUCUGGCCACAGGCUGCUGCAGGCCUAAUCAACUGCCUGUGUUUGAACAAAAUGUAUGCUGGGCUCUGCAGACAGAGUACCUGGAUAUGGCUGCCAUGCAGGAGGCUGCCCAGCAUCUCCUCGGGACACAUGAUUUUAGUGCCUUCCAGUCUGCUGGCAGCCCAGUAACAAAUGCUGUACGCACACUACGCAGGGUCUCUGUGUCUCCUGGUCCAGCCAGUCCAUUUGUCCUCCCCCAGGAGAGCAGGAGGCUGCAGUUUUGGACCUUGGAGUUUGAAAGCCAGUCUUUCCUUUAUCGACAGGUGCGGAGGAUGACGGCUGUGCUGGUGGCGGUGGGGCUAGGGACUCUGGCACCCACACAAGUGAAAGUGAUUCUGGAGAGUCAAGAUCCCUUGGGCAAGUAUCAGGCUCGAGUUGCCCCAGCCCAUGGCCUGUUCUUGAAGUCAGUGCUAUAUAACAACUUUGGUCAUCCUGAACCUGUCCUACAUCCUGAACCGUAUGGCGUCCAGAGUGUGGAAACCAGCUGACAGUACACAGUGGAAAUGAAGCCACACAGCACACGGGCUAUCAACCUCGUCCAACAUUUACUGUGCUCGGCAGAGAUCAAUCUACAGCUAUGCAGGGCUCUGGCAGUUCUGCAUGCCUUCCAGCAGUUCCCAUGGACAUCCCUUUGUCACUAAGGGACCAGCAUGGGGUACCAGGCAGUCAAAAGCUGUAAGAACCCAAGAUUUCUGGGAGCAAGGGAGUAGGAAUAAAAGGCAUG